GCCUAGGCAGUCAUACAACAGAGCUGACUGAGUUUUCUCUCUUGUCAGCUACAUUUACGUCCACUGACAAGGAUCUUAGGUUCACAGAGAUCUUUGGAAUAAUUAGUACACGCCCGUUAGAAAUUGACAAAACGAGAUGGAAAUCAAGAACAGCUGAAGGCAGUCUAUCACAGGGCUGACGUGAACAAACAACCACACUCACUCCUUCACCAGUUAACCUAAGCGACACGUCUUUGGGAGGAAACCGGAGAGAACCCACGCAGCUGAGGUGAAGCAAGUCACCAGACGUGGGAGUAAGUCACAAACAAGUCUCAAGUUACUGUGGAUGCCCCCACCCGCUGGUGCCCGACGAAGAAGGGUCGGAUGGAGACAGACGCAGACACCAGUGAUAUGAGGGAUAUGUACAAAGGACCAAAUCAUUUUAAGGCUACUUUUCUCCUAUAAGUAGCUUUUUAGCCAAUUGUAUGCUUGAGCAGUGCAAAUAUACAAUGGGGAUGUCUAACUGUGAAGUCUGAGGUAACCUUCAGCAAAGCAGCAGAGAUGAGGAAUGAAAAUGACCUUUCUUCAGCAAAGUCUGCAGAGUAGCCUGCGAACCCAAAUCAAACAGCCUCUCAGUGCUGUGUUCAUCUUAUAGGAUGAACUGCAGCAGUUUGGUCCAAAUGCACUUGUUUUCAAUACCUAAGUGAAAUUGUGUCUUGAGAAGAUGCUGAGGAAGAUGCUAAUGAUGAGGAGGAUCCUCCAUGUGAAGGGAGAUGUGAUGUGCACGAUGCUGAUGCUGCUGCUCCUCUGCCUGCUGCUGUAUGUCCGCCAGGUUGUAGUCUCUGGGUGGGACAGACCUGUGUGGAAACUGGAGAUCCACAGCUCUACCAGCUCAAGUCAGGCCCUGCUGGGAACCAAGAGGUCCAAAGUGGACCAGGACUCUCCAAGGUCCCUGUCCAGCGCUUCAGAGCCAAAGCUGCAUCCAUGUAAACCCCAGUCCAAGUCUAAAUCUUCUCAGCCAAAGUCCAAACCUCAGGUCAAAUCUAAGGGGAAAUCCAAGUCACGACUAAAGAACAUUGUGUCAAUGAAGCCUGCUGUCGAUUCCCUGCCUACGCCACCACUAUUUGACUUUGAGGCCUAUCUGAGAGAAAAGGACAACAGGAACUUUAAGCUGCUCAUAGACCAGCCAGAGAAAUGUCACAUCGCAGAGGAAGAGGAAGCAAAAGUAGAUGCAAAUUUUACUGCUGCUCUCUACAUGCUCAUCGCAGUAAAGUCUACUGCUGCUGAUUUUGACAAACGCCAGGUGGUACGUCGGACAUGGGGUAAGGAGGGACAUUUCCAAAAUGGCGUCUCCAUCCGCACUGUUUUCUUGCUGGGGGUUCCCAGAAAUAGGACUGCUCUGCCUCUGUGGGAUCGGCUCUUGACCUACGAGAGUCAGAUUUUUAGGGAUAUCCUGCUCUGGGACUUUGAAGACACCUUUUUUAAUCUAACGCUGAAGGAAACACAUUUUCUGAAUUGGGUCAACAGCAGCUGUCCUGACGUCAAGUUUAUCUUCAAAGGUGACACUGAUGUGUAUGUUAAUGUGGAAAACAUAUUAGAGAUGCUGCAGUUUCAGAAGCCAGAGGAGGAUCUGUUUGUUGGUGAUAUUAUUAUCCAUGCUAAACCCAUUCGCCGGCGCAGUUCCAAGUACUAUGUGCCAAAGUUAGUGUACGGAGGGGAAUUGUACCCUGAUUAUGCUGGCGGAGGAGGGUUUGUCAUGUCUGGACAUACAGCUCGGAGGCUUAGCUCUGCCUGUCAGCAGGUGGAGUUGUUCCCCAUUGAUGACGUCUUUCUGGGAAUGUGCCUCCAGCUGAUCAGCGUCAAACCUUCACGGCACCAGGGCUUUCGGACAUUUGGAAUCCCCCGACCUUCUGCAGCGCCACACCUUCAGACGUUUGACCCCUGUUUCUACCGAGAACUCAUGGUUGUUCACAGCCUUAGUGUUCCCCAGAUCUGGCUUAUGUGGAACCUCCUACAUGAUCCCACACUGAGUUGCCAAAACAGGACCAGUCUGACAUCCUGGUCCUUUAAAUGGAGGGGGAAGGUGAGAGACAUAACAAAAGAGGACAUGGACUACAGCGAGAAGCAGGUGUUUGUCACACAUUAGUCUGAAUAGGAUCUGCGAGAGCCCUAGUGAGUACAAAAUGGGCAUAGCGCAGUAUCUGUGGCCAAUUUGAAAGGUUUGUGUCCAGAAGCACAGCUGAGUCAUAUGAGUUUUUAUCCAGGCUGGCAGAUCAUCUCUGGGGAAAUGAAAAGUCCAAAUAUGCCAUAGAUUUUUCUGUUAGGAAGCCCAAAGAGAAGUUAAGCUUUUUCCAUCAAAGUCUGUCUGUUUGUGCAGUGUUUGCCAACAACUGUGAGGUGAGAUUUUGAUUUGUCAAGACGCUUGUGAUGAGUUGAAUCUCUCUGGACUUUGGAAUGUGUAAUCUUCAGAAUGUGUUGUUUUAUAAUUGUUUACACAGAUACUAAAAUUCUAAAAGACACUAAUAAAAUUUGGUUAGCUGGAUUAACCUGUGUGUCUCAGAGCACAACACUGUUAAUACUCUGACUUUCAUUCGAUUCAGUAUUCCGCUACUUUACUAGAAAUGGCUGAGUGACUGAAGAGGCAGCAGACUUUUCUUGUUCUGAUGUGAAUUACAAACAGAGAUGCUCCCCUUUUUCUAAUGCUGGAUAGAAGCACAAAUGGACAUUGUGUGUUUCCUGGAGAAACAACAAAUGAUGCCUAAAUGGAAACCAGCUGCACAGGGGGAACCAACUGGGACUGCAACACACACACACACACACACACACAAGGAAAAACUCUGCUGAAUGUUUGUGGAGAAGCCUAAGGUUGAGGAGCCAGGUUUGUGUUCUCUCAUGUGAACACUUAUUACUGCUCACAAGCUAAAGUACAACAUGUCAAAUGUAUUUUACAGCAGUGUUCAGUAAACAAACUGAAAUAGUUUUGACUUUAAUUACAGUACAAAACCAUUUACAUCUUUACUUUCAUCAGCUGCAUUCCAACAACAAAAAACAAGCUCUACAUGGAUCACAUUAUUUGUUUGUUGGUGUGAAUAUUAAACAAGCUCAUGUGCUCUGGACUUCA